CAAAUAAUUGCUGUGUAAACGGCCACACAGAGCUCCCUCUUAUAAUAAUAUCUCCAGCAAGAUAUUUACCUUCAAAUAGGCAAAUUCUCUUUGUGAUUUUAGAGUUGGAAAGAUCUUAAGCCGGGGCAAAAUAUCUCUUUGGAAAUCCAUGGGGAUAUGCAUUAAGUAAAAGGUACAGAUUAAAUGGAAGAACAAGGUACAAUUCAGGUGAAUUUGAUCCGCAAUAGAACGAUGUAUGCCGAUUUUAACGGGUCACCAAUCCGAAUAGGCACUCUUCCGCCAGUAUGGUAGUAGAUAAGGUUGACAAGUCCAGGAGUCUUUUUCCGUCUUCGAUUUUAAUCGAAGGACGGCCGCUUUUUCCGUCUUCGAUUUUAAUCGAAGGACGGCCGCUAUUUCCGUCUUCGAUUUUAAUCGAAGGACGGCUGUUGUUGUUUGUGCUUCGUCCUCGAAGGGCGGAUUUGCUGUCAUGGCUCGAGGAGAUCGGCGUUGUGGUCAAGGUUCGAGGAUGAUGCGUUGCUGUCGUCGUUGGAGAAGAUCGGCGCCGCCUAUCCGUUUACUCUGGUUGCAUGGGGCAGGGAUUAGUUUGGUUAUGCAGGGACAGAGGAUUGAUGCAUGGCAUUUGGCAGCCAAAGGUCACGGAGUAUCAAUUAGCAUGGUACCGGUGGUAAGACCUCCUGAACCACCACCAUGGGAUGUACGAGGUGCUAGAGUUCGUGAACGCUUUUCUUGUAAUUUUUAUCUGUUUGUUAUUUGUUUUCUUGUGUCCACUUUUGUUGUUGGUUUUGACAGUUUUGUUUGAGUUUUUUGCCUCUCUUUAUGUCAUUGAGUAUGGUUGGAUCUAUGGGAAUAGGUUUGGCUGUGUCAAGCCCAAUACAUGGUUAGCCAUUCGUGUUGCUCUCUCAGGGUGACCGUCUCAAAGUCUUACCAUAGGGUUACAGUCGUAGUUGUUGAAGUUUCAGUUGGUGUCAGUUUUAUUUUCCUUUUGCUUGAUGUAAUGAUCCUGAAUCUUUUGAUAUGAAUAAAGGCCCGUUUGAUGAUAAAAAAAAAGUCCAAUGAAUUAUAGUUUUUCUUUUCUUUUUAUUUUGAAAGGGAAUUAUGGUUUUUCUAUGAAUAGAUAUUUGAAAAUCACUCUACAUAAUUGCACUAUUACUAUUUGGAGGAGCCUCAUUUUCCCGCUCAGACUUCAUUCUCAAUCGGUUUCUAAUUGUCGAGGCCUCAUCUCUCUCCCCAAACAAACCGAUCGGCAGUUGAUGCCGAAAUUGUAGAGUAAUCCUGCUAGAGGUUCUUGAAUACUGUUAGAGGCUCUGUGUUCCCUGAGAUAAGCCUGGAUGAUCUCGGCAGGAAUUGUUUUGCCGAAAGGAGGAGGAGAUAUAUAGCAUCAGUUCGAUUUCAGAUAAGCGACUCCGAGCCAGCCUUGAGAAUAACCCCAAUAGGCAAUACUCUUUUCAAAUAGUUGGUAUUCUGAAUAGCAGAAGUUAUAUCCAACAUUCAACCUCUUUUACAAUGAAGAAGAGGUUGUACAUUAUCAAGCAAGAGGUUGGGGAGAAAAGAAACUAUUGAUUAUGACUUAGAUAUCAUCCGGAGUUUUGAUUACCAUGAUCUUCUCAGGGUUAAGGAUCAUUUAAUAAUAAAGAUGGUGGUGCUGGCAUAAACUGAAUUGUAUCUCUUUUAAAAGUUAAUGAAUUUUAUGCCCAAGAAGAUGAUGUGUGAUAUGGUCCUGUAGAAGGUUUGUCAAGUUGUCUUUUUGCGGUUUUCAGUGCUUCACAGAAGAUGCAAUAGGCUCUACUCUUGUGCAGAAUAUCAAAUGGCUGGAACUCUAUUUGGAUGAGUGAAAAUCUGUAAAGGGCCAAUAAGGGUACAUGAGUGAUGAUAAGUCACAUAUAGCUAGAACUUAUGAACUUUUGAAUUAUGAUCUUUCUUUCUUUUCUGUUCAUUUAAGCAAAUUAAAAUGCUUCAUUCCAUUGUUCAUGAUUUAGCGGAGGUGUGAAUAUGCGCCUAACUUUUUAUGACAUACGAGCUCCUGGUGGUUCAUUCAUCUGACCGUAAAUUAGGACCACUUUUGAUUCUGCAAUAUUUUGGUCAUUAAUUACAUCGAAU